AGCUUGAACUCUUCCUGGAAACGCUUGCUUUCUUCACCGCUUCUCUUGCGCAAUCUAGUGGGCCCUCCCUCCGCUCUCCGGCUUCUUAUACCGACGAGAGCGGCGAACCGCAGCCCCGAGCCUGAACGCCACACAGCGUCCCCUCUCGGCCCGGCACUCAGCGCGCCCCGCAGCAGCCACGCUGGACCACAGCUGCCUGGGAAACACCUCUCCCGCAGUUAUGGAGAAAACUACAGAUGUACUUCUUCUCACUAUGAAUUCUUCAGAUAAGCAAGAGACUGUAUGUAUUUUUGGAACUGGAGAUUUUGGACAAUCACUAGGACUUGAAAUGCUCCAAUGUGGUUAUUCUAUUGUUUUUGGAAGUCGAAACCCCCGGAUGUCCAGUCUGCUGCCCAACGGUGCAGAGGUCCUGAGCUACUCAGCAGCGGCCCAGAAAUCUGACAUUAUAAUCAUAGCAAUCCACAGGGAACAUUACAAUUUUCUCACAGAAUUAACUGAGGUUCUCAAUGGGAAAAUACUGGUCGAUGUUAGCAACAACCUCAAAAUCAAGCAGUAUCCGGAAUCAAAUGCAGAGUACCUUGCUCAUUUGGUGCCGGGAGCCCGCGUGGUAAAAGCAUUUAACACCAUCUCAGCCUGGGCUCUCCAGUCAAGGGCACUGGAUGCAAGUCGGCAGGUGUUUGUCUGCGGAAAUGACAGCAAAGCCAAGCAAAGAGUGAUGGAUAUUGUUCGUAGUCUUGGACUUACUCCAUUGGAUAAAGGAUCUCUCAUGGCAGCCAAUGAAAUUGAAAACUACCCACUGCAACUAUUUCCAAUGUGGAAGUUCCCCUUCUAUUUGUCUGCUGUUCUGUGUGUAUUCUUCUUUUUCUAUUGUGUAAUAAGAGAAGUAAUCUACCCUUAUGUUUAUGAAAAAAAAGAUAGGACAUUCCGCCUGGCUAUUUCUAUUCCAAAUCGUGUCUUUCCAAUAGCAGCACUUACACUGCUGGCCUUGGUUUACCUCCCUGGUGUUAUUGCUGCCAUCCUGCAGCUGUACCGAGGUACAAAAUACCGCCGAUUCCCAGACUGGCUUGACCACUGGAUGCUUUGCAGAAAGCAGCUUGGCUUGAUAGCACUGGGAUUUGCCUUCCUUCAUGUCCUUUACACACUUGUGAUCCCUAUUCGUUAUUAUGUACGAUGGACAUCGACCAACAGAACCAUUGCCCAGGCAAUAGCCAAGAAAGAAAGUCCAUUUAGUACCUCUACUGCCUGGCUCAGCGAUUCAUAUGUUGCUAUGGGAAUGCUUGGAUUUUUCCUGUUUGUACUCCUGGGAAUCACUUCCUUGCCAUCAGUUAGCAACAUGGUCAACUGGAGAGAGUUCCGAUUUGUCCAGUCCAAACUGGGUUAUUUGACCCUGAUCUUGUGCACAGCCCACACCUUGGUGUACGGCGGAAAGAGAUUCCUCAGUCCUUCAAGCCUCGUCUGGUAUCUUCCUUCAGCCUACGUGAUAGCACUGAUCAUCCCUUGCACAGUGUUGGUGAUCAAGUUCAUCCUCAUCCUGCCGUGUAUAGACAAGACCCUUACACGGAUCCGCGAGGGCUGGGAAAGGAACCCGAAAUUCUCAGAAUCAGCAUUGAAUGGAAAAACAGAUAUUUAAAGCAAAGUUCAAUUCACCUGGACUUCUUAACUAUGGUGAUGUAUGUUUAGAGAAUAAUAAUGGGUGCAGUGAAGAAAGCGUUUUUCUCCCACCACGGACUGAAGCUUGUGAACACAGAAAGAAAUCAUGCCUGACUUUGAAAAAUGGACACCGUUUGAGCUCAGGCUGGUGUUGAAUCGGUGUUGCCCCCUGCCUCUCCUUUUGCUGGAGUUGGGGGUGCUGAGGUCACGAUUAGCUUUGUGGUUUCACACUAGGAAGCUUCUUUGUUGUGGGCAGCAUGCAUGACCUAAUGUCUUGCAAAAUCUAGGGGAAGUCCAUGCACUUUCCUUCUCUGGUUCAAGGGCAGAGAGGACUGAAAGAGAAAACAGUUAAGAUGGCGGCCACUGAUAAAGGCUUUAUUAGAUAUGUCUGAAGAAGAGGGCGGAGGAAGUAAAAGGAAUGAGAUUUUUAGUUUGGUUUUUGGCAGUGCAGGCUAUCAUAAAUAUUGCCAUGGUGAAUUCUGUAGUUGUGUGUGCCCUUUGAUUUUGUUACCAAUAUGGAUGUGUAGUGUGGGGAAUUAUUUUAUAAAACAAU